CUGAGGCUGCGCGGCGCCUCGAGGUCGGUCGGUCGGAGCGGCGGGCGGGACGGACGGACGGACGGGCGAGCGGGAUUGGAACCGCCAGCGCACGGAGGCCGGAGCAGACCCGGAGCCGCCAUGAGCGACAUCAACGUGAAGAAACUCAAGGUGCCCGAGCUGAAGGAUGAGCUGAAGCGGCGGGGGCUGAGCGUGCAGGGCCUGAAGGCCGAGCUGCAGGAGCGGCUGCAGGCCGCCCUCGACAGCGAGGCCGAGGAGGCCGAGAUGGAGACGGCGGCGGAGGGGGAGGGAGACGAAGGGCUCGGCCCGCUGGAAACUGGCGAGAACGGCAAGGAGGAGGCCGGCCACACUUCCGCCUGUCUGGACGAGCUGCCCGAGGCGGUGCUGGCCGACGACGAGGAGCAGGAGCCGCCGCCGCGGGAAGAGGAGGAGGAGGAGGAGGCGGCGGCGGCGGGCGGAGACAAAGCCGAGUACGAGGCGCCGUCGGGCCCGGGGUUGAACGGCGCCCCGCGGGGGCAGCUGGAAGCCGCCAGGCCUCUGGUCGAAGUCCAGGCCUUCGGAGAGGCGAGCCCGACGCCUCAGGCCGAGCCCGCCCGAGGGGGAGGGGAGACCAUCGACGACGAGUUCGACGAGGAGGAGGAGGAGGAGGCCGAGAGCGCCGACUCGGAAGCCGAGCCCAAGACGGCCGAAAGCGAAAGCGGCCUGGGCGAGGAGGAGGAGGAGGAUGAGGAGGAGGAGAACGGGAUGGCCGAGGCCCAGGCCCACGCGGCGCCCGCCGGGCCCGGGCCCCAGCAGCAGGCGGCAGACGACCAGACAAUGGAGCUGGGCCGCAGCACGGCCGUCGAGGCCGAGCACCAGCCGGCCGAGGGUGAGCAGGCCGCCCAGGACCAGGCUACCUCGCAGCAGCCCAGCCAAGGCAAAGACAGCCAGGUUGAACAGCCAGCUGAUAAGGGUAAAGAGCAAAAUCGCAGAGGAGUAAAGAGACCUCAUGAAGAUCACGGACGUGGUUACUAUGAGUACAUCGAAGAAAACAAAUAUCGGCGGUCUAAAUCUCCCCUGCCCCCGGUGGAAGAAGAUGAGGAGGAGUUUGAUGAUACUGUAGUUGCCCUGGAUACAUAUAACUGUGAUUUGCACUUUAAGAUCAAUAGAGAUCGUUUUGGCGCAAUGCCUUUGACCAUGGAAGGUUUUGCCUACCUCUGGGCUGGUGGAAGAGCUUCCUAUGGGGUUAAUAAAGGCAAAAUCUGCUUUGAGAUGAAGGUAACGGAGAAGAUACCAGUUAAGCAUUUGCCAGCAGAUCAGGCGGACCCACAUGAGGUGAGGGUUGGCUGGUCACUGGCUUCCUACAGCAUGUUACUUGGGGAAGAAGAGCUUUCCGUUGGGUACUCUGGAAAUGGAGCAAAAUGUUCGAACUGCAAAUCAGAAGAGUAUGGCGAAAAGUUUGGGGAGAAUGAUGUGAUUGGCUGUUUUCUUAACUUUGAUGCUGAUGAAGUAGAAGUCUCUUACUCCAAGAAUGGACAGGAUCUGGGUGUUGCAUUUAAGAUUGGGAAAGACUGUCUCGCUGACAGAGCUUUAUUUCCACAUGUUCUCUGCCACAAUUGUGCAGUGGAGUUUAAUUUUGGACAAAUGGAGACUCCAUACUUUCCUAUACCCGAGGGCUUCACUUUCAUCCAGCAAGUCCCAUUGGAGGACCGCAUUCGAGGGCCAAAGGGACCGAAAACCAAAGGAGAAUGUGAAGUUUUGAUGAUGGUUGGCUUACCUGGGAGUGGUAAAUCGGUGUGGGUUUCAAAGCACGCAGCAGAGUACCCAGGCAAAUACAACAUUUUGGGGACAAACAACAUCAUGGAUAUUAUGAAGGUGCUGAGCUUCAAGCGUCAGAAGACUGACAGAGGUAAAUUAACCACAUUGAUCCAACAAGCUACACAGUGUUUGAGCAAGUUUAUUGAGAUAGCUGCUCGCAAGAAGCGCAACUACAUUCUUGAUCAGACAAAUGUGUGUGCAGCUGCACAGAGAAGAAAGAUGUGCCUGUUCGCAGGCUUCCAGCGUAAAGCGGUUGUCAUUUGUCCAUCAGAUGAAGAAUAUAAGGAACGUUCAAAGAAGAAAGCAGAGGAAGAGGGAAAGGAUGUCCCAGAACAUGCUGUUCUGAAAAUGAAAGGUAUCUUCGCGCUUCCUGAAGUGGGUGACUUUCUGGAUGAGGUGAGCUACGCAGAACUGCAGAAGGAAGAUGCUCAGAAAUUGCUUGAGAAGUACAAGGAAGAAAGUAAGGCGGCCCUUCCACCAGAGAAAAAGCCCAAUACAAAUGCUGGGAAGAGAGCAAUGAAUCGGGGGCGAAGUGGUCAGCGAAGUGGUAUGAACCAGUACAAUAGAGGUGGUCAGAGAGGAGGGCGUGGUGGAUAUCAGAACCGUGGUGGCAACUACCGAGGAGGUUCAAACCGUGGCCAAUUUAAUCGAAGAGGAAAUCAGCAGAAUCGUGGCUAUCCUCAAAACCAGCGCUUCACUCCAAUGAUUGGCUACACCAGGGGUGGUUUCAUUGAUAGAGGCUCAUACAGUGGCAGAGGUGGUUCUUACAACCACAGGGGUCCAGCAGACAACCACAGGGGUCCAGGCAACAACCGAGGAGGCUAUGGACAGAAUUUCAGGGGCAGGGGAAACCGUGGCUAUAACCAAGGCUACAGAAACGAAAACUACAACCUAGGUCAGGGCUACAAACAGAACUGGAACCGUCAGCAGCAGGCACGACUUCAGCAGUUCUGGAGCCAGUACAGUAAUCAUUAUAACAAAGACUACUACUAGGAUCUGCAGAGAGUGAUCCAGCAACUGUUUCACCGCAGCUGUAACUUCAACCAAGAGAUGUCAACUUUUUUAAUCUUGAUUUUUAAACAUUCCAAAACAAAGUGCCUGCAGGUCGUAUUUGGAAGCUUUAUCAAUUAAUUGAUUUUUAAGUGUCUUUUAUUUUUUUACAUUUUAAUUGUAAUGUUUAGGUGGAAUGUGGUGAACCUCCAAUUUCUAGAGGAUGAAAACAUUUUCAGUUUCUGCAUUUUUUCUGUAAAAUUUUAUCAAAUAAAAACCCCCUGAACUUUG